UCUUCAACAUCUCUCUCCGUGACUGGCGUUUGUGACAAGUGGGCUUCGUUUUACUAGUCUUCAAGCUCCCAUAAAUUAAGGAAACAAUAAUAUCAAGAUGUUCUUAACACGUUCAGAAUACGAUCGCGGUGUGAAUACAUUCUCCCCAGAAGGGCGUUUGUUCCAAGUGGAGUAUGCGAUCGAAGCAAUAAAGCUCGGUUCAACAGUGAUCGGAAUAUCAACCUCCGAAGGAGUUGUAUUAGCAGCAGAGAGACGCAUAACAUCUCCUCUGAUGGAGCCAACAACAAUCGAGAAGAUCGUCGAAGUCGAUAAGCACAUUGGUUGUGCUGGCUCUGGCCUCAUGGCCGACUCGAGAACUAUGAUUGAUCGUGCUCGUGCUGAAUGCCAGAAUCACUGGUUCAUCUACAACGAGAAGAUGAGUGUUGAGUCUGUUGCCCAGGCGGUGUCCAAUUUGGCAAUUCAAUUUGGAGAUAGCGAUGACGAUGGUAGUGCUAUGUCGAGACCCUUUGGUGUGGCCAUUCUCUUUGCUGGAAUUGAUGAGAAAGGACCACAACUGUUUCAUAUGGAUCCAUCCGGCACUUUUGUGCAGUUUGAUGCUAAGGCCAUUGGCUCGGGCAGUGAAGGGGCACAACAGUCACUUCAAGAAGUUUUUCAUAAGUCAAUGACCCUGAAAGAAGCCAUAAAAGCCACGAUAACAAUUCUUAAACAAGUGAUGGAAGAGAAAUUGAACGAAACAAACAUUGAACUCAUGACGAUGACGCCAGAGGCAAAGUUCCACAUGUUUUCGAAGGAGGAAUUGCAGGAGGUGAUUAAGGAUAUUGCUUAAAUAACAUUUUUUAAUUACUUUUUACUACUGUUGUUAAUCAGUGCGUCAGGAAGAAAGAGAAAUCAUCCAGUUGCAUACAUUCAUCAGUGAACAUCGACAGUCUCAACAUCCUGUUUCAUACACAAAAAUUACGAUUAAUUAUAAUAAAGCCACUGAAAUAAAUACAAAUUACUGGGUGGAA